GGUCCUGAAUGUCUAGGAUGAUAAUGAUAGGUUGGAGUUACAUUGCAGUCUCCUUCAAUUCGCCCUCCAACUGGUGAAGCAAAAAACAGCACCGUGGUGUCAGAAACACCAGGAUAAAAGUCGCUUUAGUUAACCCGCAAGACAAAUUUCCAACGGGUAGAAUGGCUGUGCCUCCCUCAUAUGCUGAUCUGGGCAAAUCUGCCAAGGAUAUUUUCAACAAAGGCUAUGGGUUCGGCCUGGUCAAACUUGAUGUCAAGACCAAGUCGGCCAGUGGAGUGGAAUUCAAAACUGCUGGUUCGUCCAAUACUGACACCAGCAAAGUGGUCGGGAGCCUGGAAACCAAAUACAAGAGGUCAGAGUAUGGCCUGACCUUCACAGAGAAGUGGAACACUGAUAAUACCUUGGGGACCGAGAUCACAGUUGAAGACCAGAUUUCUAAGGGACUGAAGCUGACAUUUGACACAACAUUCUCUCCCAACACUGGCAAGAAGAGUGGCAAAGUCAAGACUGCCUACAAGCGCGAGUAUGUCAACCUGGGGUGUGAUGUUGACUUUGACUUUGCUGGUCCAGCCAUCCACGGAGCUGCUGUGGUUGGUUACGAGGGCUGGCUUGCUGGCUAUCAGAUGACCUUUGACACCGCCAAGUCUAAGAUGACACAAAACAACUUUGCCAUUGGCUACAAAACCGGAGACUUCCAGCUGCACACCAAUGUAAAUGAUGGAUCAGAAUUUGGAGGCUCCAUCUACCAGAAGGUGAGCAACAAGCUCGAAACGGCGGUCAACUUGGCUUGGACUGCAGGCAGCAACAGCACACGCUUUGGAAUUGCCGCCAAGUACCAGAUGGACAAGGAUGCUGUUAUUAGUGCUAAAGUGAACAACACCAGCCUUGUUGGUGUUGGCUACACCCAAACACUGAGACCAGGUGUGAAGCUCACCCUGUCUGCCCUUGUAGAUGGUAAAAGCAUCAACUCUGGAGGCCACAAGCUGGGUCUCGGUUUGGAACUUGAGGCCUAAGCACUUUUUGUGGUAAAGUGGACAAGGGAAUCAGAAGAAUCUGGCAUCAAUGUGUUUCCAUCUCAAACCAGCAAUGGGAAGUCUGGGAGGGACAGUUUUAAAGGCUACAACAAACUCAUUUUCAUCUAGAGGUGCUCUUGCAAUUGAAUCUGUUUUGCUUUUAUAAAUGUUUCCAUCCAAAGACACUCUCCAGUGGGUCAACAAUUAAUACAAAUCCUCAUAUAGCAUUUCCAUGACAGUGAAUUACACGUCUCCAUAUGGUUGGCUGUGGCUCCUUUGUGUUGAUUCCUGAAACAUGUUUUAUUUUGGUAAAACAUAAGUACAUGGUUAUGCUUGGGUUUAUACAUAACCUUUCUUCUGAUUUGAUCAUCCAUAGAUCUGAUAUCCCUUGGCUGUCUUCACAUCUCCCAUUUGAAACUUGUAUUCAGAACAUGAGUAUACAAAACUAUUUUUUUUAUUCAAUUGGACCUUUUUUCUUUCAAUGCACACAAGAACGAGCUUAAGCUGUGUUGUACCAUGGUUUGCCCAUGUCUCGCCAUGUUAUUUCAAAGAUGAACACGGAGCCCUCCCUUAAACUAAACCAAGUAGUUUUGGGGUGGUUAAACUUGGUAGCCUGUAUGUUUUGGGGAACCUGAAUACUUGGCCAACCAGGCAGACUUUGUUUUGUUUUCUACUGUUUGCAGGCAUGACCUGAGGUGUUAUGGUUCACAAUAAUGCUCAACUGGAUCAUUUUCCAGAUGUGAUGUGUGGUCUCUCAGGCAAUCUUGUCACAGGGUAACUGACAUUCUCACAGGAAACCUUGGAGGUCCUUAUGUGUUAACUUUUCAAUAAAGUAUUUGAACUGCA